AUGACUAGUUUAUAUCGUGUGAUAACAUUAAUACUUUUUCUUUUUGUCUAUAUUGUUGGUCUUAUCGGUAAUGGACUUUUAAUAUUUAUUGUAUUUCGCCAAAAAAAUUUACGAACAGUACCAAAUUUACUGGUUGUUAGUUUGGCAUUGGGAGAUUUUCUAUUUGUUUUAUUUUGUGUACCGUUUGGAGCUGUUGCUUAUUCAUUAGAAUAUUAUCCAUUUUCAACAUUUUAUUGUCGUUUUGAAAAUUUUAUUAUUAAUCUUUCACUUGGUGUUUCUGUUUUUUCUUUAUUAGCAUUGAGUGCUGAUCGUUAUAAAAUAAUUGUUAAACCAUUUUCAAGUCAUGCUAAUGAUCCAUCGAUUAAACUAAAAACAGUAGUUAUAUCUAUUUGGCUUUUAUCUAUACUUCUUGCACUACCAGAAACAAUUUAUAGUGGUCUAAUUACGGAAACAUACAAUCAAACAAAUAACAAAACAAUUAAAUUAAUUUAUUGUUGGAGUCCAAAUGAAAGUAAUUUACUUUCUAAUCAUACAUUUAUGAUCAGUCGACAAAUCACACGUCUUAUUAUUUAUUAUAUAAUGCCACUUAUAUUUGUUUCCAUAUUUUAUAUACUUAUUGCAAAACAUUUAUUUCAAGCCAAGAGUACUAUUUUAAUACCAAUGUCAACACAACCAUUCAUAAAUGAAGUACCUAAUACAAAAAGAGGACAAAUAAAUAUUAAAUCAACAAAACUAAUGUCUAAAAAUGCACAUAUACAUAAUAAUACAGCUCAAGAACAAAAACGUCAUAAUGAAAUAAUUAAUAACAAUUAUAAAAGAAAUCUUUCAAAACAUUCAGUCACACUUGACCAUGAAGAAUUAAUGAGCACGCAUGAAUCAUCACCAGCAUCAUUAAGAACAGUAUCGUUGCCAUCGUCGUCUUUAACAAAUAAAAUACGACGUAGUAGAGAUCUUUUGUAUACUAAUUCAAAUAUAAAUAAUAAUAACAAUAAUAAUAAUAAUAUGGCUAUUCAUACAUUAUAUCGAGACGUUAAAACACGAAAACAAUUACGAGCACGACAUAAAGUUGCUAAAACUGUUCUUUUUUUAUGUAUUGUCUUUUUUAUAUGUUGGUUUAUUGGUGUAAUUGUCUACUCGGCACGUUGGAAUCACUUCUGGCAAUUUAAUAAAACAUUAGCACUUAUUUUUUCUUAUAUCUAUUCAUGUAUUAAUCCAUUUGCACUUUAUUUUCUUUCAACAACAUUCCGUCAUUUUUAUAAACGUUAUUUAUUCUUUUGGACGAAUAGAUCAUGUUGUUGUUCAAAAGAUGAUCUUGCUAAUCAGACACAACGACGUCGUACUGGUGAUAUGAUAACACUUAGUGAAUAUCAACGUCAGUCAUCUGCGAAUAAUGUUUCAAGUAUUUAUUAUGAUUUAAAUCGAAUGAAAAAUUCAAAUUUUUCUCAACGACAACAAAGUUCUAUAAGACUGCAUCGAUAUAUACCUAUAGAUAUAGGAUCAACAGACAAUAAAACUCAACUUAAUAGAAAUCUAAGUCAAUCACUUAAAAUAAAUGCAAGCUAA